CUGUUGGCCCCGUCAAAAGAGCACACACAGCCUUUGUUUCCGCGCGGCCUUGCGGGCCGGUCGAGUACCGCGUGCCGCGUAGUGCGGCAAAAUUGUAGACAAGAUGAGCAAGCCGCCCCCAUUCGCUGCAAGUCGCGAGCAUGCCGGCAAAUUUGGCGAGGAAGCUCAGAUAGAUCAGGAUGAUGUUCCGAAAGGCGCGGACGACCUCAGCGCGGGCAAUCUCACAAAGGCGAGUGGCAGCUCUCUGACCCUUGCCCAUCCAUACAGCACUCGACGUCCCUCUGCAGCAUCCAUUUAUAGCAAUAGCAGCGGGCGCCGGUCUUCCCACGGACGCCAAAGAUCUCCCUAUCGCAAUCCCGCCUCGCCACCAACGACGCCACUGGGCACAAAAAGUUCCAGGUCGAAGAUUCUGGCUAGCAGCGCGGUGGCGUCCGUCGAGGGGUCACGCUGGCCGUCAGGGGACUUGCCUUCGCCUAAUUCGUCCAUACAAAGCCAUCGCGACUCCCCGUCCUCUGCCACAGGCGAUCAUCAACCGCAGAUUCCAAACGAAUCGACGACUCGAGCAUCUGGACCUCGCCCAAGCAGCAAAGCCAGCACACGCGGCAGAAGGGUCGCAUCUGCUGGUGACGCCGACCCGAUCAGUAGAGCUUUGCCUGAAGAGGAGGUGCCUCCUGUGCCAUCAUUGCGACCUCAACGAGUACAGGGUCCUGCGUCGAGUAGUCGCUCUUCGCCCCUGUCCGUAGGAGCGACAUCGAUUCCCGCUAGCCCGGGCUCGCGCUGGAUCCCGACCGCCUCUGCCAGCAUGUUUGACCUUGCGCAUAGCGACAAGGGCCGUCUGCGAAGUGGCCAGGCAGAUGCGGCAGCGACGCUUGCAAGCUCUGCAUCUGCAGAUGUGUUGCACGGGCACACAGGCCACGUAGUCGAGACUUCCCCUGGAAAUGAGGGCACAGGGGCGGGCUCCUCAGCAAUCAAGAGCACACUACGCUCCCGCCUGUUCGGGUUGCGCAAGGCCAAAGUCACCAACGGUGUUCCGCAGGCUGAUACGCGCACCCAUUUGGACGACUCGGGGUCGCCGUCGUCUAGUAUGAGCGCAUCGUCCUCCAGUCAAAGCACCUCCAGAUUGGCUGCAGCAGAAGCUCUGCAAAUCGCAGUAGCAACUACACCUGAAGCAGAGCAGAAAUCCGAGGCGCGCACGGCGCCGACGUAUCCACCGCCUCCAGUUCCCGCAAUGGCCAACUCGCAAUCUCAGCCGGAUCAGCUUGCAAACGCAAAUCAUAUCUCUGAAGGCGUACAGGGCCCAGCCACAAAUGGACUACGUAGCUCCACCCCGCAAUCAGGGAGUGCUUUGACUCACCCCUUUGGCGCUGCGGCAUCGCUGGCUCGCAGCGAGAGCUCGAGCUCGCGCUCGCGAGAGAGCAUCGGGGCCGAGAUCGAAGGGGGUGCCGGCGCCGACGAGGCUUAUUCUCACAUUUCAAGGCGAAGCCUGGGAAGGCUGCAAGAGCACACGCCGUACGAGUAUGAUGCUGGUCCUUCGGAAGCAAUGCUGUCAGCAUCUCACCCUUCUGAAGGAUCCUCGCCUGCUACUCCGUUCUUCCCGGCAGACAGCUCUUUUCUCCGACUCCAGGAUCGAUCGCGAACAGGGAGGGGAGAGGAGAGCAUGACAAGUAACGGAACACAUGCUGUGAGCAGCGCCGCGUUAGCACCAGCUGCUGUGAUUCGCAACGAAGCUCUGGAUAGGACUCCGCGCGCUAGGGAGAGGUCGGGGUCCAUGGGCGACCGAGGCUCUCCAAGACCUCAACUUGGCGGACGACGACCAGGCACUGCGGAGGGCUCGCCCCGAAACGAUGCGAGAUUGCGUCCCCAGUCGAUGGGAGCCUCGCCGAUGCAAUCACCAAUCUCGGAGGAUUCAUUAAGCGAGACUAGAUUAAGCCGAUCAAAUUCGAAACGGCAUAGUCGCAGAGAAAGCGCUGGUAGCUAUCGCAGCUUGGCAGCAAGCAUAGCUGCGCCGCUGCCGAGGACCAGCAGCCUUCGAAACACGCAAGACGUGCUUUCGGACACGCCGGGAAGGCCAUCUUUGCCACGCCGCUCGAGCUCUACCACGCCGACCACACCUCGCUCGCCAUUGUCUGCAACGCGAACCCUCGAUUCACCUCGUACAAAGCUGCUACCGAUGCAGGGCAGCUCUUCCACCUUGAGCCUUCACGAAGCCGAGCCUUCUUCGCCGAUAUCGCCAGCCUCGACGAGCCCAUCUACUCGUCCGAGCAAAAUGCCAGGCGCCGUUGCAGCUCUUGCUGCACGGUUCGAGAAUGCAGCUGCCUUGCGGCCCGCACUCAACGGCAGGGCUCAGCACAGCUCCGCGCCUCCCGCCCAGGGUCAAACCCAUGACCCUCUCCCUUCUACGGGGCAAGCGGAGCCGUCGCUCGGUGCUUCGGUGUCUUCGAUUCGCGCUCGUCUCGGUGCAUUUCCCGCACUCGGACCCCGCUUCGGAUCGGGUCACCACGUCAACGCUCCAAGUCCUGUGCCCGAAGAGGACUCGACCAGUGCUUCGCAUGCCCCGGGCUCGUCACAGACCUCUCAAGACACUCCUCAUUUGCACUCCGUCCUUGGCCAUCCCCUGCCUUUGAAUAGAGCGGAGACUCUUGAGGAUCAAUCGUCUCGAACUUCCCAUUCCGGCAGCACGGCGCCAGCUUCACGUCUGGCUUCGCCAGGCAUGGGCCCGAGUGAAAAUCGCAGACCGGCGCUUCCUCAGAAGAAUGCUCUGCGUGCGAGAGCAGUCGCAGGAUCGAAUCAGUUUGGUGCGAAUGCAGAGUCAGGGUCAGCGAUCUCAGCGGCUGAUGAACCGGAAAGUAAUGGCUGCUCUGCCGAGGAUGCUCCCCUCAGCCCUGUACGCAACAGUCUGGAGACGUUCGCUCCCACUUUGGAUGCCCUUGGCUUCUCGCCCAGAGGUGAAGAUGUUGCGUUUGACCACGCAUCUGCCAGCGCAGUCUCUGUCGGGUCUCCUGCUUCCUCGCAGACAGGCUUCCCUCCGUGGCACCAGGGCGUGCAGCUGCAGCCAGCUCCCACACCAAAGAAAGGUGCUCAUCGACUGUCGAAACAAUCGCCACAACUCUCUGUCGGAUCGUCCGUGGAGUCGCCUGUCGCGCCUCCAGUGCCUGCAAAGGCGGCGAUCGAUGAACCAGUCGAACUUCUCGAUGGGCUUGAUACGAGCUCGCAACCCAACAUCUUGGAGAAGCAUUCACAAACCAGCCUUACGCCAGGCUCUCAGGAUGGUUCGUCAACGUCUUGGCGCACACUCCGCAAGGUCUCACCUUCCGAAGUCCUUGGAAGCAAGCGAAAACCCGGUCCGAGUCGGCCUUCGUCAGCUCACGGCGACAGCGACUUGACGGUCGAGGUAGGUACUGUUAGCGCCAAGAAGAAGAGUAGCAAAAGAUGGCCCUUCAGCAGCAAGGAUUCGCCCGACGGUGCUGUGACGCCUGAUACAAUUAGUCCUGGUAGCUUCUUCGGACGGAGUCUGCGCACCCGGCGCCCCACGGAGCCUUCCCGUCCCCAAAUUCGGCGUGUUUUCGACUCCCCGCAAGAGGAGGAUGGUGAGAGCGGAGUCAUCCAAGCUAAGAGUUCCAUGCCUCUGCUUCGCCGGCGGACUUCUGAAGGCAGCGAAGUCUCUCUUGGACAAUAUCCCAGCAGCGCUACCACUGACGCUCAGAUCACGCAGACGAUGGAGCAAACAUCGUCCGCUCCCUUGUCACCGCGCGAUGAGCUCUCGCCAGAGCUGCGUCGCCUUCUCCGACGCCGGAACGUCAUCUCGGAGCUUGUGGAAACCGAGAAGAGCUACGCGUCUGACCUUGCAGUGGUGCGCGACAUCUAUCUGGCACGAGCGCGGGCUCGGUGCGGUGUGCCUUCACCUUCUGGAGUCACACCAGUCCAAUCACCUGGUAGCAUGUUUUCGACCCCUGUGUCCGCAUCCUCUUCCUCUGUGUUCCUUCCGCAGAAGUCUGCAUCGAAUGUCGCGUCGCCGGCAGUGGGAACACAGAGAAUGGUCUCGACCUCAGCUGGAGAUGCGGCACGCGCAUCGAACUACUCUCACCACUCUGUCAGCACCACUGGCGGAGCUACGACGAAUUCGCGCUCGUCCGUCCACUCUAGCAAUCCAAGUCACAGGUCUUCAGUGUACACGGUCUCCUCGCAAACCUCGAACACUUCCGAUACGCACCCCCCACCACCGCCUCUGCCGGCUACCCCACCCAUGCUCUUGGGGACGUCGGCACCGCCAUCAGUCUCGAGUGUCGCCACCUCUGGCACCAGCAACGCGCUGACCAAGACGGGGUCAUCUGUGACGCUAAUGGGCAGUCCUUCCGACACGCCUCCGAUCCCUGGACGCCCAGCUGUCUCGGUGUUGACGGGCGGUCCUCUGAGUGCCGCAAGCGGCAGCAGCUUCCUGAGCACGUCUACAGUAGGAGCCGCUGACGCGCCUCUGAGCCCGAUCGACAUUCGCAUCAUCUUCGCUCAUCUGGAACAGUGCGCAGCGUUCGCGGACGAGAUGGUGGCCCAGCUUCAGGGCGCCAAGGGUACCAUGGCUGCCAGUGCUUCUGCCCCACUGACCGAGUCGGAAGAUGUUCAAGACGAUCAGAUUGGACAAUUCUUCCUGAAAAUGAUGCCUCGCAUCGAGUCCAUCUACUCGGCAUACUGCUCUCGGCACGAGGCGUCCAUCAGCAGGCUACAAGAGCUUACGCUCAGCUCCAGCAAGGCUUCAGUCUUCUUGAAAGAGUGUACAGAGGCGGCAAGGGUCCAUACGAACGCUUGGGACCUUGCUUCACUCUUGAUCAAGCCGGUUCAGCGAGUGCUCAAGUAUCCCCUACUCAUCCAACAGAUCCUCACAAGCACGCCAGCUAGCCAUCCUGACGAGCCGAACUUGAGAGCCGCUCUGAUGGAGAUACAGCAGGUCGCGGACAAUAUCAACGAGGUGAAGAAGCGCAAAGACCUCGUCGAGAACAUUCUCACCGGCAAAAGCGCUCCGAAUAUGCAGAGGACCGCAAGCUCGACUAAACGGCCAAAGCGAAAAAGCGACAAAGCCAAGCAUGUAUUGGUUGGCCCCUCGAUCGAGCCAAUCACAGAUGACUAUGUGCGGCUGUCCGCUCAGUUGCACACUCUUAGACGCAACGUGCAUCGCUUCACGCGGCAUUGCCUGGAUUGGUCGCGCGCACAGAAGAAUGCCUACGAGUCGGAGAUCGCCUUGACGUUCCAAAUCGGUUCGGUCUAUCGACUGGGUCUAGAUGCAGCCGCAAUCCAGGAGGAAGCCGGGGCUGAAACUCCCGACACUAGGCAGAGCGCGGCCUGCGAGAUGCUUAGAGGACUGGUGAAUGGGCCAUGGCGUCAAAUGGACAACGACAUUCGCUCCACCAUUCUGCCAAUGACGCAGCGCAUUGAGCAAAUGUUCGACAAUCCGAUUGCAGUUCUUGCGAAACGGGAUGAACGAGAGUCGGAUUACCAGCGAUAUCGCGCAGCCUUGGCAAAAUCGGACAAGAUUCCAGACAAGAAGCUUGUCGACAGCGCCAAUGCAUUUGUGGCUCUGCACGCACAGCUGCUCGAUGAGCUGCCUCAAUUCAUUUACGGAGUGCAAACGCUUUUGGAUAUUGGCGUGCAAGCUUUUGCUCGGCUUCAAGCGACGCAUCAUCUACAAGCAAAAAGAGCGCGUUUGGCUUAUUGGUCAGAGCAUGCCUACGCCUCGAACGAGCUGGCGAUUCAUCCUGGAACACAAGAUUUAACGCUUAGACACGUGCAGACUGUUCGAGUGUUUUGGCACGCUCACGAGGAGGCAGCUUCCCUCGCCGAGACUCUGGUCAUCGCCAACCGAGACCAAGCAUCCCUUCAAGAGCCUGCGCAGCCGCAAGACCGCGUCAUAGCUGCAGCAGACGAUGGCAGGCAAAUCACCAGCUACGACCCUCAGCUCGCAACUUCAUCGCGCCCGUCAGGACCGGCUCUACUCGCACCUCCGGGCACAAGCGGCAGGCGGCCUAGUGGUGUUGCAGGUCUGAUGCGAAGCCUCAGUGGCAAUUUCAGUCGCGAACACUCGCCAACGGGCGAGAAAGUGCCACCACUUCCGUCUGGUGCGAGUGCGUUAGCGGCCGCCUCUCGCACUGCCGAUCAUGCUCGCGUGGCCGAUCAACCCCCGGCUCUGUCGUUGACCUUCAAGAGCGGAAGCUCUUCUCGAGAUUCUUGGUUCGUUCUCUCUGGGGAUGCCAAUUCUCUGCCUUUUCUCAGUCCUCCAGCAGAAGGAGGCCCUCAGUUGGAGCCGUACGAUCUUUCGCCAGCGCAGACGACGAAGCCGCUGCCCGACGAACCCAAGGCGGAAGACAUGCCACCCUCCGUUGAGGAAAGUCGAGCUCGGCCCAUGCCCCAGAAUCGUCACAAGAUGCGGGUGAUCGCGUUACUCACAGCUCAAGCCGAAAGUCCUUUGAGGGAUCCUGCGGGCAGGUUAGGCUGGCCAUGGCUCGCUUUUGCCCCUGGGGACAAUAUCGCGGUCUUGUCUUUUGAUAAGAGCGACGAAGCAGUAUUGGCUUUCGGACGCGGUGCCGAUGGAACGCUCGGCUGGGCCGAGCGCGAUCUUUUCGUCGAAAUACGCGACUCUUCCUCCACAACCCAUGACGUCGAAGGAUGAGACCGGUCGGAGGUGCCUUCAGACUAACCCAAAAGACUCACUUUUCACGAGGAUAUUGCUCACUGCUUCA